AUGGCAGAACAUCAUCACAUAUCAGACGUGGUGACCCUCCUCUUUCAUGCUGUGUCUGUUGAUUGUCUCAUUCUGCAGGUUUGUAAUUAUGGUUUGAAGCGGCUGGAGCCAGACUAUCCACAGGGUCCCAGCGAGGAACAAAGGGGUCUGCAGAGGCCAGGUCAGGGAGCACCAGUCUGUGUGCACCAGCGGAGAAGCCGGCUGCCACACAUGGAUCUGAUCGUCCGAGGGCAGAUAACAGUAGACAAACUGGAGCCAUCCUUUGAACGGCCGUGA